CAGUCCAGAAACCGGAAGUAACCAGUAGACAUUCUCUGAUUAAACUCGCCACUUGUUUUUUUCCUGCCUAACUCGGUAAACUAGGAAGUUCCCAGGUAAGACCAGUAGACAGAGAGAGACACUUCUGAGCUGGUCCCAGCUGGUGGUGGUCCCGUAGUUUUCUGAUCACGUACCAGUCAAACAGCUGUAUGAAGCUUCUCCCCCUGACGUCUUUUAGGCUGCGUUUACGGGCAGGCCUGCACAGUUCUGUUUUUCUGCUAUACCAGAGUUUACAUCUCCGUUUGUGAGUAUGUGGUUCAGUGAUUUGUAGGCUAUAACAGACACUCUUUCGUCUUGGUGGUCUGCUUCGGGUCUUUGACACCAGAGUGCUAAUUGGAUUGGAGAGAUUCAGGAAGUGGUUCAUUUUCCACGUCACUAUUUUUUUUUUUACUUUCGUUUUCAAAGUAUGAGAAGUCCGCAAAAUAGGCUAUCGCUUUUAUUUUAUGGCGAAAAACGAGAGUGGAGAGCUUUUCCAUCUCUGUUUUCAUUUGGGUAGUCUAGGCCUGCAUCAUCGUUCUGCCUCAGGCCGUCGUGCAUUCACGAGAAAGCAACAUUGUGUAGGCUAUUGUAAAUGCGAAAACGUAAAAUAUUGUGGGCAUUUUUAACGAGUUGAAAAUGACCGGAAUAUCCGAUCUGUCCGGUUACACUGCAUUCUCAUUGGCUCAUAUCUGAUUUAUUUCCACAUAUGAACGAGCCCUGGAACUUUUGUGCCACAGCAAAAAAAAACGGUAUUGGGUCACAUUUAACUGACAGUGUAAACUCAACAUCUGUAGCCACAUUUGUGUUCGUGCGAGUGUUUUUUCUUUUUUGUCAUUUUGUCUUGUCUUGGUGUGUGUAGGUCUAUGUUUUGUGGAGGUGGAUGAGAUUAAUCAGCAUCAUGGACAUUAAGCACAAACAAGCCUGCAUCAAAGUGGAGCAGGCCACUCAACGUAUUACACAAGCAUUACAGGAUCCAGUCUCGGGGAUUAAAAAAGAAGAGGGCAGUGAUUGGUAUGGAGAUUACAAGCAAUCUGUGGAGGGAACUGACCCCAGAACAGAAGCGACCAUUUCUUCAUCUGCAGACAUUAAAACGGAACUGCUGCAGGAUCCAGUCUCGGGGAUUAAAAAAGAAGAGGGCAGUGAUUGGUAUGGAGAUUACAAGCAAUCUGUGGAAGGAACUGACCCCAGAACAGAAGAGACCAUUUCUUCAUCUGCAGACAUUAAAACGGAACUGCUGCAGGAUCAGGAGGAAAAGUCAAACAUGGCUCCAGUCCCCAACUCCGAAAUGGAGUUCAGAAGGGUAUCAGUGGAGGACUGCUGUAGAACACAAGAACAGCGAAAGAUUAACAAGAAGGAUAAUAGAGAUGGAGAACAGCCUGAGACCCGAAAUGGAUCAUCUCUCUCGUCCUCCUCAGCAUCCCCCUCCAUGUCAAGCACAGAGACUGAGAAAUCCAAAAAUCACUCCUGUUCUGUGUGUGGUAAAAGCUUCCACUUACUGUCUCAGCUUAGGAAGCAUCAAGAUGUCCACACAGGUGAGGGGCCACACUCCUGCGCCUUGUGUGGUAAGUGUUUUACUGAAAAGGGAAAUCUCAAGCGACACCAGCUUCAGCACACCGGGGAAAAGCCGUACCACUGCACUCAGUGUGGCCAUAGUUUCCGACAAGAGGCACAUCUCAAAGAACAUCAGCGCAUUCACACAGGAGAGAGGCCAUACCACUGCACUCUGUGUGACAAGAGUUUCACUUCAAAGGGAAAUCUCAAUGUACAUAAGCGCACCCAUACAAAACAGAGGCCGUACCACUGUGCUGACUGUGGCAACAGUUUCAUUUGCCAUAACGACCUCAGGAAACACCAGCGCAUUCACACAGGAGAGAGGCCGUACCCCUGCGCUCAGUGUGACCAGAGUUUCACCAGGCCAUCUCAUCUCAGGCGACACCAGCGCACUCACACAGGAGAGAGGCUGUAUCACUGUACUCAUUGUGGCAAGAAUUUGUCCACUCUUGAAUAUCUGAAAAUACACCAGAAGAAACACACUGAACAAAUGUAGGAUGAUUCUAAGAGUCCUGAGAGGACACCUCCUCAUGUAACACAUUGACAUGAUAUUUAAUGAUCAUUGUUAUCCAUUUUGUCAUCAAUGUAGUACAAAUUAACCAAAUGUGUGGUUUGUAUCUCAAUUGAUUUUGGUAAAAAUGUGUCGCCUGCUAUCUCUAUUAAUUGGCUGGUUCAGUCUUGUAUAAGUUGUCACCUUUUAACUCGCACCCGAAAUUGUUGUGAGAUUUGAUUUGGUUCUCACUACUACUCUCAGUCUUGUAUACAGUAGCCUUAGCAACUAAAAUGAAUGAAAUGCAGCUACUGUUGUUAGUGGAAAAUCAUUGGACCACAGCAGCUUUUAAAAUGGAUAUAAAUUGUGAUUACUAUUAUCUGUACAUUCAAUUUAUCCUGUUGCUAAUAAACCAUUAAGGAAUCCUUUAUUUAA